GUGGUAUUUAAACUUUAUGCUAAUCUCUAUCUAAAUGUUGUAAUCUCGAAACACUAAUACUUGACAUUUGUCAAAAUGAAAUUAAUGAAGAAGGAAUUGAAAUGUUAUGCUCUUAUCUAUAAAAAUGUCUAAGUUUGACAACUUUCACUCUUUGUUUAGAUGAGAAUCAAAUACAAAAUUCGGGUUCAAAUCACUUAGGGAUGGCUUUACUAGAGUGCAAAAAUUUGAAUAAAGUUAGUUUAAACUUAUUUGAAAACUCUAUUUCAGAUUAAGGAAUAUACUAUUUAGCUAAUAAUUUGUCUAAAUGUUUAAAUCUUAUUGAUUUAAAUUUAAACUUAAGCAGCAAUUUAGUAAAUUCAGAAGGUGCAAUUGAACUAGGGAAAGCACUUUCAAGCUCUUAAAGUUUAAGAUAUUUGAAAUUGUGUUUAUCGUUUAAUAACAUUGGUGCAGAUGGUGCUUUUGGCUUAAGUUUUUAUUUGUAAAAUUCUAGUAGCCUUAAAUAUUUGAUAAUAGACUUAUGUGCAAACAAGCUAAAAUCAGAAGGAGUAGUUAAACUAGAAUCUAUCUUGCAUUUAUUCUUGAAUAUUUAUCAUUUAAAUAUUUAUUUAAGUAAAAAUGGGAUUGAAAAUAACUUAAAAAACAAGAUGCAAAGAAAAAUUUUUAAGAAUAAGAGAUUAGUUUGUAAAUAUAUUUAAAUUUGA